UUAGGAUUUAGGUCGCACCCACACCGACACCGCUGCACCACCGUGUGCACACCAUCGCCGCCGCGACGGAGUAUCGUGUCUCGUUGUGGUUGCCUCUUCAAUUUCUAAGGAAUUGUUGACAUUAUCGUCAUUCACUGAGUUGAAGACUGCAAUAUUAUACAUACAGGAAAUUCUUUAGCAGAUCCCGAACCGCAACAACACAAAAAACAUAGCUCCUUUUUCCAUCUUCUCUCUCAUCCGUCCCCGGCUUUUCUUUCUCUCUCCUCAUCGAUCCCAAAAAUACUAGGGUUAGGGUUCCAUUACCUUGUCAUCGCCUAUAUUACCUGAUUGCUGCUACUAAAGAUUAAUCGUUCGAGUGCAACCAUGUCUUCGUCGAAAGAGGCGGACCCGAGCCUGGGUUACCUGACUCGGAAGGACACGGAAGUUAAGCUUCCGCGUCCAACUAGAGUGAAAAAUAAAACUCCUGCACCGGUACAAAUCACAGCGGAGCAGAUUCUUCGGGAGGCUCGGGAGCGUCAAGAGGCGGAGAUCCGUCCACCGAAGCAGAAGAUAACCGAUGUGACGGAGCUUGGUGAGUACCGCUUGCGGAAGCGCAAAGAGUUUGAGGACUUGAUUAGGCGAGUUCGAUGGAACAUUGGCGUGUGGAUCAAGUACGCCCAGUGGGAAGAGUCACAGAAAGACUUCAAACGCGCUCGCUCCGUUUGGGAAAGAGCAUUGGAAGUUGAUUACAAGAAUCACACCCUGUGGCUCAAGUAUGCUGAGGUGGAGAUGAAGAACAAAUUUAUAAACCAUGCUCGGAAUGUUUGGGAUCGCGCGGUGACUCUUUUGCCGAGGGUUGAUCAGUUAUGGUAUAAGUAUAUUCACAUGGAGGAGAUGCUUGGCAAUGUCGCCGGAGCGAGGCAGGUGUUUGAGCGGUGGAUGAAAUGGAUGCCUGACCAGCAGGGAUGGCUAUCUUUCAUCAAGUUCGAGAUAAGGUACAAUGAAAUUGAGCGAGCUCGAGGGAUAUUCGAGCGUUUUGUUCAGUGUCACCCGAGGGUUGGGGCAUGGAUUCGCUAUGCGAAGUUUGAGAUGAAGAAUGGGGAGGUUGCGAAGGCAAGAAAUGUUUACGAGAGAGCUGUGGAGAAGCUCGCGGAUGAUGAGGAAGCAGAGCAACUGUUUGUUGCGUUUGCUGAGUUUGAGGAAAGAUGUAAGGAGACAGUUCGUGCAAGAUUUAUAUAUAAAUUUGCACUUGAUCAUAUUCCCAAGGGAAGGGCAGAAGAUUUGUAUCGCAAGUUUGUAGCCUUUGAAAAGCAGUAUGGGGACAGGGAAGGGAUCGAGGAUGCUAUUGUUGGGAAGAGAAGGUUUCAGUAUGAGGAUGAAGUGAGAAAAAAUCCGUUAAAUUAUGAUUCUUGGUUUGACUAUAUUAGAUUGGAAGAAAGUGUGGGGAGCAAAGAAAGAAUCAGGGAGAUUUAUGAGAGAGCUAUAGCCAAUGUUCCUCCAGCUGAGGAGAAACGCUACUGGCAGCGCUAUAUCUAUUUGUGGAUUAAUUACGCACUCUACGAAGAGCUUGAUGCUGGAGAUAUGGGGCGGACAAGAGAUGUAUACAGGGAGUGUCUCAACCUGAUACCUCACCAUAAGUUCUCUUUUGCGAAGAUAUGGCUUCUGGCGGCCCAGUUUGAAAUACGUCAGCUGAAUCUUAAGGGUGCUCGUCAAAUAUUAGGAAAUGCCAUUGGAAAGGCUCCUAAAGAUAAGAUUUUUAAGAAGUAUAUAGAGAUAGAAUUGCAGCUUGGAAAUAUAGAUCGAUGUAGAAAACUGUAUGAAAAGUAUCUGGAGUGGUCGCCUGAAAAUUGCUAUGCUUGGAGCAAGUAUGCAGAAUUGGAGAGAUCUUUAUCUGAGACUGAUCGAGCUCGAGCAAUUUUUGAGCUUGCAAUCGCCCAACCAGCAUUGGACAUGCCUGAGCUGCUGUGGAAGGCAUACAUCGACUUUGAGACUGCUGAGGGUGAAUUUGACAGAGCAAGAGCACUUUAUGAAAGGCUUCUUGAUCGAACAAAGCACUUGAAGGUGUGGCUAAGCUAUGCGGAAUUUGAGGCAACAGCUGUGGAUGAGGAAGGUUUAGGCUUAACAGAAAAUGAGCAAAAGAAGCAAUGCAUUCAGCGUGCUAGAAGGGUGUAUGAGGAAGCUCUUAACUACUUCAGAUCAUCAGCUCCAGAUUUGAAAGAGGAAAGGGCAAUGCUAUUGGAGAAAUGGCUCAACCUGGAGGCUUCUUCUGGGGAGCUGGGUGAUGUUAGCUUAGUCCAGUCUAAGCUGCCCAAGAAGCUCAAGAAGAGAAGGCACGUUAGCACUGAAGAUGGUUCUACUAGAAUUGAAGAGUUUGUCGACUUUUUAUUCCCCGAGGAAACUCAGACAACCAAUCUCAAGAUCUUGGAAGCUGCUUACAAGUGGAAGAAGCAAAAAACAUCUUCAGGUGAUGAUUGACAGAUUAUUGUUUGACUGGUAAAAACAGUAGCUUCAGCAGCUAAGUCGAUUUUGGCCUUUUAAAAAUUGCAAUAGAGAACUACAUUUGAGGAACAUCUGCUUUUCUAACAUUGUUGUAACCUUGUAAAUGGCGACAUUCUUUCACGAGUUAUUAAGGCUAUGUUCCGUUUGAUUAGCUUAAAAUGAACGCACAACCAAAAAAAAAAGUGCGUGCAUAGAUUUGUAAAAGGAUUGAGGAACUAGAUAAAAAACAUGAUGAGGGACAGCACAAAAUCUCCAAGAAAUCUAGGAUAUGUAUGAUUUUUUUUUUUAUAUUACAUUUUAUCAAAUUGGAUAUUUUAUGAAAU